CGGACCCGAAAGGUUUUUAGGAAGUUUAAGGGCCCAGAGGGGCCCGCGGGGCAAAUGGCUGGAGCUGGGCCGACCAUGCUACUACGAGAGGAGAAUGGAUGUUGCAGCCGGCGACAAAGCAGUUCCAGCGCCGGGGACUCCGAUGGGGAGCGCGAGGACUCGCCGGCUGCGCGUGCCCGGCAGCAAUUAGAGGCGCUGCUCAACAAGACUAUGCGCAUUCGAAUGACAGAUGGACGGACACUGGUCGGCUGCUUCCUCUGUACCGACCGCGACUGCAAUGUCAUCCUGGGUUCGGCGCAGGAGUUCCUCAAGCCAUCGGAUUCCUUCUCUGCCGGGGAACCCCGUGUGCUAGGCCUGGCCAUGGUACCGGGACACCACAUCGUUUCUAUUGAGGUGCAAAGGGAGAGCCUUGCAGGGCCUCCGUAUCUCUGACCAUAAUUAGGCAUGUCUUUCAAACCUCAUUAAAUUUAUGACUGAUG